AUGCUAGUCUCCUUGACUGUCGGCAAGGUAGACGCCGGCGUUGCCGUGCUUUUGACCCAAGACAAUCGCAUCCCGCCGCCAGCGACUCAGGGCAAAGAACCAAGCACCAAAUUGAGUACUAAUGAAAAUCAAAUCCAGAUUGAAUUCCCCUCUGUGCUCUUGCCAAAUAAUAUUUCCUCGGGUAGCAUUGUCGAUAUCAAUGUUGCGCGCAACCACGCCGCGGAAACAGCCAAUGUCAACGCCUUUCAAUCCCUCCAGAAGCGCAUCCUAAACACCUACGGCGUCAAGACCCCGUCGCCUCCCAUACUACGCCUUCGCAAUGCAACCCAAACCUCCCUUGUCCUCGAAUGGGACCCCAUAGACCUGGCCACCGCGUCCCUGAAAUCCCUCUCCCUGUACCGCAACAACUCCAAGGCCGGCUCCAUACCCCGCCCACUCGAGACUCGCAGCACAAAGAUCAGUGGUCUGGCCAUCCACGCUGAAUAUACAUUCCAUCUCGUUUUGCGCACUACGGCUGGUACCUACCAGUCGGAGAAGUUGACGUGCCGCACCCACAAGAUGACCGAUCUAUCCGGUAUCACAGUGACACCUGGCAUUCUGGACCCGGCGCGCAAGGAGGCAUUGGGCGCUACAUUGGACCGUAUUGGCGGCAAGAUGAUUGACACCGUUCGCAUUGAUACAACUCACUUCGUCUGCGCAGAGGGCCGCGGCCCGCUGUGGGAGAAAGCUGUUGAGAUGAACAUUCCGGUUGUGGUGCCAGAGUGGGUUGAUGCCUGUGAAUCGGAGGGAACAAUUGCUGGUGUGCGUGGAUAUUAUCUGAAUGCGGAUCCCAAGGCCCGUCAGCUUGGUGUUAUCCAUGGCUCUUCGCACCAACGCACUACAUCUACCAUGUCCGCGGCUACGACUGCUCCGGGCAGACCUAGUACCCAGCCACAACGUAGUGAACCAGAGCAGCCUCCUGCUGAACCGCCUCUGACACCGUUCCCGGGGGGUGAGACAACUUCUCAACCAUUAGCACAGACGGAGGAAGUCGGGUCAGAAGAUGAGGACGAUACCGCGCCCCCACCACCGCCCAAGGACGAGUCCGAUGAUGCAGAGGAAAUCCCCCAGCAGAAUGGACACGCGGAAUCUACGCCAGAACCCGAGAAAACCGAGGAAUCACCAGUCCAGACAGAUGAUAACGAAGAGGAAAGCAAAGAAACCACACUCCCGCAAAACAAACCUGAAGGAGAUGAGUCCAGUUCUAAGGGCAAAGCGAAAGAAGGCGAAGGGGACUUCAGCGAAGUAACGCUGUAG